CUCGGCGCGGGAGGAGAGGCGUCCCCAGCGGCCGCCCCACCGGCAUGGGGGGCAGCGAGAGUAGCCACGGCGGCAGGAAGGUGUCCUUCGGGCUGGACGAACGGGAGCAAGUCCGGGUGCUGCAGGGCAUCAGGCUUACUGAAGAUGUAGUGAAUCGGAUGAAAGAAUCUCAAAGGGACAGCCAGAGGUCACCCCACUUACCCAGUGGUACAGCUCAAUUUUCAACAGCCGCAGAAGGGAAACCCAAAUCUCCUACAGGAAUCCAGCCACCAACAGCAAGUAACUCUGGUCAGAAGGCUACAGUUGCAGAGCAGGAAUUAUAUAGGAGGUAUGAGCAGGAGCAGGCCCUGGUUCAAGAGGAGCUGCUCCGGCUGGCCAAAAGAGAAAGGGAAGCAGCUGGUGAGGUGCUGAGUACUGCCCUUCAGCGGGAAAGGAGCAGCACCAAUGAGGAGAGGAAGAGAGCAGCUCAGCUGCCUGAGGAUUUGGACGCCUGGGCUGUGGAGCUGCAAGGCAGGGAGGCAGAGCUGAAGCGGCAAGAGGCCUUCUAUAAAGAGCAGUUGGCGCGCAUUGAGAGGAAGAAUGCAGAAAUCUACAAGCUGACGUCGGAGCAGUACCAGGAGGCAGCCACCAAGGCAGAGGAAUGGAUAAAGAGGAGGAACAUUGAUCCUGUCUGUGCAAGUCUGCAGUCUGAAAUUCUGAAGUGCUAUCAAGAAAACCAACGUGAAGUGCUCAAAUGCUCAGAGCUGGCUAAGGAGUAUCAGCGCUGCGUUAGUGCGGCUCAGAAGGCAUUGCCAUGUGUGGUAGCAGCACUGUUUUUACAAGGUGUACCAGAAGAACAUUUGAGGAACCACAGUCUCCUUCCUAAAAAUGCCUGCUACACGAGGAGUAGAACCAAGCACACAUCCAGCCCGGUUAGCUGGCUGAUGGAAUCCCGUGCAGCUGGCUGUUCAGCUGUCUUUCUGUGGUUGGCUUUAGAAGGGUUCUGUAAAUGUGGGAGCUUUUAGUUAACUCUGGAUAAACAUCAGCCACCAAAGAGCAGAGGACAGGGACCACAGAUGCUCCCUGGAAGGCCCAGCAUCCUUCUGGAAAGACGCUGACCAAAACUGGUGCCUUCUGCCCGUCAUGGUCCAAGACAACAAUAUGAUUCCUCUUUUAAUGGCCUGCAUGUACUGGUCUGUGUGGAUGGUUCUGGAGCCAGGCAGAGUGUCGUAGGAGAGGGGAACACUUGCAGCACAACUUGUUGCUUGGAGGCAUACUCCACACAGGCCUGGUUCACCUUGUGCUAGCUUUGGUUUCACCAACCCCUGUCUGAGUUUCAAGAGUUGUUAUUUUGUCCGUUUGCUCCAGAAUUAAGGGACUGAAGUAUUUAGAAAUAACCCUGACUAGCUUGUUGGGAUUAGCUGUUCCUAGCAUGCUCUGAUUGGCUACACCAGCAGGCGUGUUUCUUCCCUUCUGAGGUUCUCUCCUAAGUAAUAAAGUGUUUAAUGGUCA